AUGGUCUCGUCAACCUCGGAUUCACUCGCUGUGGCAUCUCCAACCGCUGCCGAACCUGAUGCGAGGUCGGUCCAUACCUCGAUGGACCUCGCCAAACCCUCGCCAAGUCAAAGUCUCUCCAAGGAGGGCUCCUUGGCGGAUGAAGAGAAACAUGCGGUCCCUCAAGCCGGAGAGACGGCUGCGGGGCCUGACACCCCUAACAUUGUCGACUGGGACGGCCCUGACGACCCUGGAAAUCCCGUCAACUUCAGCGGCCUCAUUAAAUUCACCAAUGUUGGAAUCAUUAGUGCGCUGACUUUCAUCACCCCGCUGGCAUCUUCGAUGUUCGCUCCCGGCGUCCCCCAGCUCAUGGAGGAAUUCCAUAGCUCGAGUACGCUGUUGGCCGGGUUCGUGGUGUCGGUCUAUGUUUUAGGAUUCGCCAUUGGACCGCUCAUCUUGGCCCCGGCCUCAGAGCUUCUGGGGAGAGCCAUUAUUUACCACGUUUGCAACAUCGGCUUUGCGGUGUUCACCGUUGGGUGUGCCGUGAGCACCAAUCUGGGGAUGCUCAUCGCUUUUCGGUUUUUCCAGGGCUGCUUUGGCUCGGCGCCUGUUACAAACGGCACGAUUGCGGAUCUCAUCGUUCAGGAAAAACGUGGAGGCGUCAUCGCCAUCUAUGCCCUCGGCCCUUUGCUGGGCCCCGUCAUCGGCCCCGUGGCAGGAGGCUACCUCACAGCGGCUAAGGGCUGGCGCUGGGUCUUCUGGGUACUCACCAUAGUAAGCGGAGCCUGUACGGUCGUGUCAUUCUUGUUCCUGCGCGAAACAUAUCCGACGGUCCUUCUCAAGCGCAAAACGCAACGCCUCAUCAAGGAAACUGGCAACACCGACCUCCGCUCAAAACGAGACAAGGGCCUCUCCACCAGUCAGCUCUUUAUCCAAGCCAUUAUCCGUCCAUCCAAGAUCUUGCUCCUGUCACCCAUCGUCUCCGCAAGCUCAGUUUACGUGGGCAUUGUGUACGGAUACCAGUAUCUGAUGUUUUCGACCUUCACCUACGUCUUUGAGGACCAAUACGGGUUUCCAACCAAAUCCUCCGGUCUGACCUUCCUCGGGAUCGGUGUGGGUUCGCUACUCGGCCUCUUCGUCAUUGGCGCGGUCUCCGAUCGGAUACUCAAGGCAAAAUCCAAGCCCACCCCGCAGGCUCCCUCUGGUGUCAUGAAGCCGGAAUACCGCCUGCCGCCGCUCGUCGUGGGCGCAUUCUUCAUCCCGGCGGGUCUGUUCCUGUAUGGUUGGUCUGUGUACUACAAAACGCACUGGAUCUUGCCGAUGAUCGGCACCGCACUUGUGGGAAUAGGCAACAUUGCAGUCUUCAUGUGCAUUACUAGUUACCUGGUCGAUGCGUUCACGAUCUAUGCGGCCAGUGCCCUGGCCGCAAACACGGUCGUGCGCAGUAUUAUGGGCGCAUUGCUGCCCUUGGCGGGACAGAGCAUGUAUCAGUCGAUGGGGCUGGGAUGGGGGAACAGUUUGCUGGGGUUUAUUGCCGUGGUGUGUAUUCCAGUGCCAUGGGCGAUGAUGCGGUAUGGAGAGCGGAUGCGGACGGCAUUUGAUCUGAGUAGACUAUAG